GCUCAGAUUUCGACUCAGUAUCCUGUUGUGGAUCAUGAAUUUGACGCAGUGGUGGUCGGCGCCGGAGGGGCAGGGCUGCGCGCUGCCUUUGGCCUCUCAGAAGCAGGGUUCAAUACCGCCUGCGUCACAAAGCUCUUCCCGACCAGGUCCCACACUGUGGCAGCCCAGGGAGGCAUCAAUGCUGCUCUGGGCAACAUGGAGGAGGACAACUGGAGGUGGCAUUUCUACGACACCGUGAAGGGCUCUGACUGGCUGGGUGACCAGGACGCCAUCCACUACAUGACGGAGCAGGCGCCCGCCUCUGUGGUUGAGCUAGAAAACUACGGCAUGCCAUUCAGCAGAACUGAAGACGGGAGGAUUUAUCAGCGGGCGUUUGGCGGGCAGAGCCUCAAGUUUGGGAAGGGUGGACAGGCCCACCGCUGCUGCUGUGUGGCCGACCGGACCGGCCACUCCCUGCUGCACACGCUGUAUGGCCGGUCCCUGAGGUAUGACACCAGCUACUUUGUGGAAUAUUUUGCCCUGGACCUUCUGAUGGAGAACGGCGAGUGCCGGGGUGUCAUCGCCCUGUGCAUAGAGGACGGCACCAUCCAUCGCAUACGCGCCAAGAACACCGUCAUUGCCACCGGGGGCUAUGGACGAACAUACUUCAGCUGCACAUCUGCCCACACCACCACGGGCGAUGGGACCGGCAUGGUUACCCGAGCAGGCCUACCCUGCCAGGACUUGGAGUUUGUCCAGUUCCACCCCACAGGCAUCUACGGGGCUGGCUGUCUGAUCACGGAAGGGUGCCGUGGUGAGGGGGGCAUCCUUAUCAACAGCCAGGGUGAACGGUUCAUGGAGAGGUACGCUCCUGUCGCUAAGGACCUGGCAUCCAGAGACGUCGUCUCUCGCUCCAUGACCCUGGAAAUCCGGGAAGGAAGGGGCUGUGGUCCCGAGAAGGACCACGUCUACCUGCAGCUGCACCACCUGCCCCCCGAGCAGCUGGCCACGCGCCUGCCCGGCAUCUCGGAGACAGCCAUGAUCUUCGCGGGCGUGGACGUCAACAAGGAACCCAUCCCGGUGCUGCCCACAGUGCACUACAACAUGGGCGGCAUCCCCACCAACUUCCGGGGCCAGGUUCUAAAGCAUGUGAAUGGCCAGGACCAGGUGGUGCCUGGCCUGUACGCCUGUGGGGAGGCCGCCUGCGCCUCGGUGCACGGUGCCAACCGCCUUGGGGCAAACUCUCUGCUGGACCUGGUCGUCUUUGGCCGAGCCUGCGCUCUCAGUAUCGCCGAGUCCUGCAAGCCAGGAGACAAAGUUCCUCCAAUUAAGUCGAAUGCCGGCGAGGAGUCUGUGAUGAACCUGGACAGGCUGAGGUUUGCAGAUGGCAGCAUUCGGACAUCCGAGCUGCGGCUGAACAUGCAGAAGUCCAUGCAGAGCCACGCGGCUGUGUUCCGGCUGGGCAGCGUCCUGCAGGAGGGUUGUGAGAAGAUCAGCAAGCUCUACGGGGACCUGCAGCAUCUCAAGACCUUUGAUAGGGGGAUGGUCUGGAACACAGACCUGGUGGAGACCCUGGAGCUGCAGAACCUGAUGCUGUGCGCACUGCAGACCAUCUAUGGGGCCGAGGCCCGAAAGGAGUCCCGCGGCGCCCACGCCAGGGAGGACUACAAGGUGCGGAUUGAUGAGUACGAUUACUCGAAGCCCAUCCAAGGGCAGCAGAAGAAGCCGUUCGCUGAGCACUGGAGGAAGCACACCCUCUCCUACGUCGAUGUCAAGACUGGAAAGGUCACUCUGCAGUACAGACCGGUGAUUGAUAAAACACUGGACGAGACUGACUGUGCCACAGUGCCCCCUGCUAUUCGCUCCUACUAGUGAGGGCUGCCGCUCCUGAACCGCCAUGUAAUUCUGUGUGAUACUCGUGGCCCUGUGCACACAGUUCUUCCUUGCGUGCUGGAAGUUUGUCAGUAAGGACUUAGCAGGUGAAUUGGUUCUCUGCCCAGUGGCCAGCAGCUUGCCAGGAUGAAUUAAGCUGACCUUUGUCCUUUGCUUCAUUCUUAUGGAAUAGUAAAGGUGGCAUAAUUCUUCAAUAAAACCUAAAUGAACAA